AUGAAGAUCCAAGGUCGCACAUUCAUCAUUUCUGGAGGAGCUUCUGGCCUUGGCCAAGCUUGCGUUGAAGACAUUUGCGCCAAUGGCGGUAAUGUGGCCAUUUUGGACAUGAACGAAGAGAAUGGCCAGGAUUUGGUUAAGAAGCUGUCAUCCUCGACCAAGUUCUUUGAGUGCAAUGUGCUAGAAACAGAGAGCGUUGCCAAGGCAGUUCAGGGUGCUGCUGAGUGGGCCCAAGAGACGGGCAAGUCUUUGGGAGGCGUGAUAGCUGCAGCUGGUGUUUCAACACCCGCCACAAUCCUCGAUCGACAUGGCGCUGCCUUCAGUCUAGAUGAUUUCGACUUCGUCCUCAACGUCAACCUGCGCGGCACCAUCGACCUCGUCCGCCAGACUCUGGAACAAUUAGUCAAGGUAGAGCCCGAAGGAUCCGACGGCGAGAGAGGUAUCGUUAUCAUGGUAGCAUCAUCUGCGGCCUUCGAUGGCCAAAAGGGCCAAGUUUCCUACUCUGCAAGCAAGGGCGCUGUGACGGCCAUGACACUGCCUAUGGCGCGGGACCUUGCUCGGUACGGCAUCAGAGUUGUGACUAUUGCGCCGAGUCUCUUCGACAGCCGAAUGACAAGCGUGAUGCCCGAGAAGGUCAAGAAGAGUCUUGAGGGCGCUAUGGAGUUUCCCAGGAGAGCUGGUCAGCCGAAGGAGUUUGCGCAAUUGGCGCGGCAGGGAAUUGAGAAUGUUAUGUUGAAUGGUGUGGUUAUGAGAUUGGAUGGAGCCAUGAGGAUGCCUAGUAAAAUGUAA